AUGUCCCACGACACAGUCUUCUACUCCCGCCCGCGCACCUACGGCAAAGGCUCUCGCGGCUGCCGCGUAACAGGCGACAAGAAGAAAUCCGGCCUGAUCCGCAAGUACGGCAUCAAUAUGUCUCGUCAGGCGUUUCGGGAGAAGGCGGAGGAGAUUGGGUUUCAUAAGUACCGAUAG